AUGUCCGACUUAACUCCUUCUGCAGCUGGCGAAGAUGAAAGCGAUGGCAGCUCUCCUACGCUUCGAGAAUUCACUGCUGCGUCGAAUGAGGUACACAUGCUUGCAACUCUCACUGCAGCCAUGAUUAAAGCCCACACAUCAGCUGCUCCCUGCGCUCCCCCCGGGCGCCAGGAGCUAUCGUCGCAGCUGAAAUACGCGCGGACGAAGCAGGAGACUGACGCCGCGUUGAUUAAGGAGCUGGAGGCUGAGAAUGUACGCCUUAAAAACCUCGUGGACAGCGCUGGCGAGGUCUCAGAUGCUGCCGCGGCCUCCCUGCGGGAGCUGGCACGGUCGCGCAGGACGGUAGAUGACCUGCGUCAAGAGGCGGACGUCUUGCAGCGCCGUGCCCAGGAAGCUGAGCUGCGCUGUGAGCAGCUGCAGCAGCUCUUGCGUGACACAGAGCAGAGGCUCAGCGAAGCGGAGCAGCGAGCAGCAGCAUCAGCGCGUGUGCAGCAUGUGGAGCGGGCCUCUGCUCGCAUGGAGCAGGCACUUGAAGCGUCGAACGAACGAUUUCAAAGCGCAGAACGCCGAGCAGCCCGUGCGGAGCAGAUCGCUGCACAGGAACAGGCGCGGGCAUCUGACGCCUGUCAGCGUGCAUCGCGUGCAGAAGCAGCAGCUGCUGAAGACCAUGAGCGGGCUCUUGACGCGGAGCGGAGGGCAACACGGGCAGAGCACUUACUGGAACAGCUGCAGGAACAGACGCAAGAGCUUGAACGACAAGUAGGGCGUGCCCAGCAGCUUGCUGGGAGCGAAGCAGGACGGAUAGCGGACGCAGAGCGUCGUGUCGCGCGUGCAGAGCAAGCAGCUGCCCAAGAGCGGGAGCGGGCUUUAGCGGCUGAUCGGCGCAUGGAAGAGGAGCUUAAGCAGGCGCGCACAGCUGCAAUGGCAGCCAACCAGCGAGCUGCCCUUGCCGAGGAUGCAGUUGAUGAGGAGCGAGCAAGAGCAGAUGCAGCUGAGCGGCGUGCAGCUCGAGCGGAGCAGGCCGCGGAAGAGGCACACCAAUUUUGCUUAGACGCGGACCGGAAAGCUACUCGGGCUGCUCAAGCACUCGAAGAAGCCGAGCGUCUUGCAGGGCGAUCAGAACAAGCUCAUGCUGAAGCGUUGGCGCGUGCAGAAGAGGCGGAGCGUCGAGCGACCCGAGCAGCCCAAAGCUUGGAAGCAGCUGAGGCGCGUGCUCUUGAUGCAGAGCGGCGAGCCGGAAAAGCAGAGCAGGCGCAACAGGAAGCUUUGGCACGGAUAGCAGAGAGCGAUCGACGAGCCGUGCGAGCGGAGCAUGCACAGGGUGAGACCGUUGCAGAUCUUGAACGUUGUCUGGUGCGCGCCGAACAGGCGGCAAUGGAUGCUCGUACCCAUGCCAACGAGAUGGAGAAACGUGCAGUACGGGCGGAGCAAGCCGCACAGCAGGACCGGCAAAGUGUCUCUGAUGCCGAGCGUCAUGUGGCACGCAUGCAGCAGGCACUAGAGCAGGCCCAAAACGAUGUGGCGACUGCACAACGGCGUGCCGCUCGUGCGGAGCAAGCUAUAGAAGAGGCGCGCGCCAGAGCAGAGGAGGCCAGGGCGCAAGCAACGCAAGCUGAGUCCAAGGCAGCACACGUUGAGCAGCUGCUUGCACAAGAGCGCGAACGUGCGGAAGAUGAGGCGCGCCAUGCAGCACGCAUGGAAGCCGCGUCACUGCAGGACCAGGAGCGCGCUAGGGAGGCCGAGGAACGGGCCGCUGCCGCAAUUACACGGGCGCAGCAGGCUGAGACGCGCUUGGCGGUUGCUGAGGGACACACGGCUGCACUUGAAACCCGAUUGCAGCAGGCAUUGAUGUAUGCCGAUGCAGCAGAUGCUCGUGCAGUUGAUGCCGAGCGGCGAUACGAUCGGCUUUCUGCAGACAGCCGAGAACUGCAUGCCGCGGUGCUGCACCUAGCCAAUAAUCCGGACAUAGCUGCGUUGGCGGCGCCACCAAAGUCACGUGUGCAGUCAUCGCAGGAAAGGGACCGCAGCCCACGCCGUCUUCCAUGGCACAGUACUAUGGGACGUCCCCGGAGAACGCAGGAUAACGACCCAACAGACCAAGCAUUGGACAUGGGGUCGCCCCGCAGGUCCGCUUUGGGCGAGUCAGACAGCUGCAAGCGCUCUGGGUUUGACACAGACGUGAUGGGAGAAGCCUCCACUCCCGGUUUGAUAGGCCAAGGCAACAGUACGCUUAUUCGAUUAUGGGCAGACGCCUAUGCAACGCCAUCACCAGAUCCGGGCCCGACCGGCAGAGAUGCGCAAAAAGGGUCCGCAAGGUGGCGCGCUGCUCCUAGUCGCAUUAGCAGUGACCAGGUGAGGAGCAGCGAUGGUGGUCAGGGGUCCCGAGCCGGCGGUUCGCCAUCACGCUUGGCGCAAUCAACUGGACCCCUGGAGCUCUUCAUAGAUGGCACGAGCGCGUUGGCCGACGAGCUAAGGCACGUGCGCAGUGAGCUGCGCAGCACGCGCCAUGAGCUGCACGAUGUGAAGGCACGAUACAGCGCGGCGUGCAGUAGGGUUCAGGUGCUUGAGGAGCAGGCGGCGAAUGCAGAUAAGCUAAAGGCCAAGGUGGAGCAGCUGACGGUGCAAGCCCGCAAGUGCGAGCACCUGGCUGCUGAGCUCAAAGUCUGCCGGACGCAGCUGGCUGAAGUGGAGGGGCUACAUAUUGACCUGCGCAAGGCACAGGCGGAACUGGCGGAGAUGCAAGGGCUGCGGAUUACGCUUGAAGAGGCACGCGCACAGCUUGUUGAGAUGGACAGGGUGCGUUCGGAGGCGCGGCGAGUCAAUGCUUUGCUGCAAACGGUAACCCGCGAGCGUGAUGCAGCACGCAGCGAACUGCAGGAGGCGUCUGUGCAGGCAAUGAGUAUUGCGGCGCUGAAGGCGCAGCUGCAACGGUUGGAGACCUCCUUAGCAGAGGUUGAUCAAGGACGUGAGGAAGCGCGUGCGGCUCAUGCCGCCGCCAUAGGACAGCAAGAGAAGCUUCGAGCUCAGCUGUUGACGGCUGAGGAGGAGCUUGGCGAAGCGGUGAGGCGCUGCGCACGCUUGCAGGCAGUCGCCGAUGAGGUCUCACACCAGCGAGAUCGUUUGCAAGUCGCUUUAGAAGGCGCUGAAGGUGCAUUGCAAGCCGCGGAGGCAGAGCGUGCAGUGCUAGCAGCAGCGCAGGAACGCGCCAAGGGCAAGUUACAGGAGUUGGCCGAGCUUCAGGAUGAGGUUCGCGUGUUGAAGUCUCAGUUGCAGGAAGCUACUGCGAUGCAGAAACGGUCUGUCCAAGGUGAGGAGCAAGCCAAUGCACGAGUGGAGGAAUCCCAGAAGCAAAUCGCUACGCUUAAGGCCCAAUUGGCUCAGGCUAGUGGCACCCAAGCAGAGGCUGCAGCGUUGAAGCUGAAGUUGGACCAGGCUUUGGGACAAUUGCAAACCAUGAAAGCCGAUCUCAGUGCUGCUGCCGACCGGCUGGAGGGCCACGCGCAGCUCCAGGCAGACCACGCGGCGACAGUAGAACGUGCCGAAAGAGCAGAGGCUCAGCUUCGUAGUGCCAACGAAGCGAACACGCGGACGAACGAGCAGGUCCAGCUGUUGCAACAGGAACUUGCGGAGGCACGGCGUGGCCUUUUGAAGACGAAGGAGGAUCUGGCCUCGUCCACAGCGCUAGCAACCAGCAGAGGCAACAGAGCUGCUGAGCUAGAGCACGAGGUUGCUAUUUUGCGUGAGAAGUCCUACCAGUUGGAGGUGGAGGUGGCAAGCAUGACAACGGAGCUGCAACGGCUCAAGGCCGACCUUGCAAGCGCGUCGAACAUGAUUGAAGAAGCCACAAGUGAACGCAACCAGCUUUCGAAGCAGCUAUCCGAGAUGACGAUGCAGCAUGCCCGCAGCACUGCUGCCGCAACCGCUGCUGAAGAGCGUAUCAAGGCAGACUUGCAGCAACUACAGGUUCGCCUUGCCACCUCCGAGGCUGAGUACCGAACGCUGCAGCACUCAAAUGGAAACCUUCACGAUGAGCUUGAGCGCACCCGCGGUGAGGUGCUGACCCUCCAGAGCCAGGUCAAAGACGAGCAUCGUCGCAGGGAGGAGCAUGCCAAUGAAUGCCGCCGCCUGCAGCGCGAGCUGGAGACAACCACGGAAGCCAUGACACAGGCACAGCGUUCGCACCGCACUGCGGUCGCCGCAACCACAGAGCUUGAACAAGAUCUCGAGCGCCUCCGCACAGGUCAUAGUGCAUUGGAAGCGGAGCUACAGAUCGCCAAUGCGCGUGUGCAACGGCUUCUGGAGGACACCCGGCAACUCACCGACCGCAAUGCUGAGCUGUCCCAGCAACUCGACAAUAUGUCGGCAACGGUACGGCAGAUUGAGGCAGAAAACGCACGCCUAGUCGACGGUCACGCAAGCCUGACCGUUGAGAUGGAGGUGCGUGCCGCGGAGGCCAGGGCAGCGCGGGGAGAAGCAGCAGAGCUGGCCGCUGACAGGGCACGGCUGAUGGCCGAGCUCCAUGCUAUUAAAGCUGAGCUGGAAAAAUAUCAGAGAAAGGGCUCACCCGUUCCGCUUGCCGGCUUGACGCAGUCCGGGCGCUCAGGAUUCUCAACUCACGGGCCGUCGUUCAGUGUUGACCCGCGAGUCACGAUCGGCGGGGGCGGAAUCCCUCCAGUGCCAGACACAGGAGCAGGGACCGAUUCGGCAAGACCACUGCACGUGGCAAGACAGCUUGCGGACGAGUUUGCAUCGCUCGUACCUUCUCCGAAUGGCCGAUCAGACAACUUGCAAGCAUUGCUGGCGGCACCGCUUGAUACAGGCAAGUUGGUAGUGAUGCGAUCGUACGAAGCUCUUCUAGCGGCACUCGACGAGGAGGCGCAGCAGUUGGACGAAGAACUUGCGGGCAAAGAGGCCAGCAGCAGUGUGCUCCUGCAGCGUAUGCGCGCUACCAAGCAGGCGAUAACAGCCCGCAUGGAGACGCUGCAGGCUGCACUUCAGAGUGCGCGUGAUGCAGAAAGUGACAUGCGUCGCCAGGCCGCGGAUAAGGAUGCCACUAUUCAGAGGCUGCAGCUGCAGCUUGCACAGCUAUCGGGUGGGGCCACUUUCAUGGGCGCGCCAAACAUGCCAAGUGCUGAGCCCACCGCGCCGUCGGGGCCGGGCGGGGCACAGUCGACAUUAGGUUUCAGCCCGGGCGUUAUGCAGGGCAACACGGUCAUUUCGGCGCUGCGCCAAGAUCUGGAUGCAGCGCACGAGCGGUUGCGCGACGCGGGGCGGCAGCUGAGGGAGGCGCAGCAGCGGGCGGAGUCGGCGGAGGCAGAGGUUAGCAAGCACCGGACCGCGUUGACGGACGCGCAAACGAAGAUCGCAAAGCUACAGACGGAGCUGACAGCCAAUGAUCGUGUGUUAGCUGAAGCUGAAGCAGCUUUGGUGGCCCUGGUCGGGGAGAAGGAAUCUCUGGAGCAGAAGCUUGACAGAGCAGAAGCGGCAGAAAUUCAGGCAAAAGAGACAGCAGAAAAGCUUCGGGUCCAAGUGGCUGCGCUUCAAGCACGACUUGGAGCUUUAACAACUACGGCAGCUGCAGUUGAAGCUGACGCCCCCAAAGGCGCUUCCCAGGGCCAUGCCACUCAAGACGUGCAAAGCCGGGGUGAUAAUGCUUCCACGAGCCCUUUGUUUGGGGGCAGUCGCGGCCCGCUUAAUCGCACUAGUCCUGAGGCGGGCCCGCCUUCAGCCAGCUCAGAAUUUGCCGCUGGCUCACAGCCGACAGCAAUCCCGGCGCUAGUGCCCGGUUUGAAGCUGCACAAACUGCAGGUUCCGCGCACAAGCGAGUCAGGGUCUCCCCGUUCCACACUUCAGCGGGGCAACACGGCACAUGGUGCCCAACCGGAAGGCAACUCAAGGGAGGGUGCCUCGGAGCACCACAAAUCCACGGGCUUUAACGAGUCUGCAACAGAAGUGAACGGUUUGAAUUUGCCGACAGCCAUGCAUCCUACAGCUCUUGGCACCGGCUCCACAUCCUCGAGGUAUGCCUUGGGAGGUCAUAUGGAAACACCAAACUUGCUUGUGGAAGCUGCUGCUGCCGACCUUGCCGCCAUGGCAUCUCUGCAGCGCAGGUACACGGGGGCAUCUAUGUCCGACCACCUCCGACGGUUUUCGUCUCGUUUCUCUGUAUGGCUGCCACAAUGUGCAAACCAACAGCCGACUUCGCCUUCACAGUCGCAGGACGUGGCCACCUCCGUGUAUAUGGCGCGGCCUGCUGCCUCAUCAGUAGCCAAUGCAGCAUUGCAAGUUGCCUCCUACCGGCUUACAUCGGGCUCCAGCCUCGCUUCUCCUCGCCGUACUCCUUCAGAGCUAUCUAUCCGAGCAAUCAAUUCGGAAGACUUUCAGGCGCAGAGCCCAGCCGUUAGCCCCAGCAGCGCCAAAGGCAGCGCAGGUCCAGUGGUCAGCCCCCGCAAUACAAUUGUACUGCGGUCCUUAAGCCGUGCUGUUGAGCAGGUGACCCAAGGGAUGACCAUGCCUACACAACGUGGUGUACACGGCCGGGACUUUGAAAAUGUGACUGAGAGUGGAUACUCUGGGGGGGAGUCUCCACGUGGAGAUGCGCGUCGCAGCGAGGCCGCCAAUGCGUCAAGAAAUGCGUCAAGCCCGCUUGCAGUGCUGCACGGCGGGAUGCCUAACCCGCUAGAGCAAGCAACCGCAGCGGGGGCGACGAAUACGCCCAAGCCUGGCACCGCUUGGCCCCGGGAGGAUGUCCCCUCAAGUCAAACGGAUGCUGGUAGCGCGAAUCCAGUAGCGGGGAGGCCGGUCCAGGAUGCAAGCGCAGGUGGCAAUCAGCAUCAUCCGGUCUUAUCGCGUACAGCUGUAAAUCAGUCUGCGCGGCUCCGUGGGGAGUCCAUUUGGACUGGGGUUGGCGAAGUUGUGGCCGCGGGGACAUACGACUUUGGCCAGCGCCCAGCAACCGUGGCAUUGCGUCCCAAUUCCAGUUCAGAUGGUAAAACCCUUCAACAGCAGGCUGUUAGCAGGGAAGUCACACCGGCCAGCUUAAGGCGCAGCGCCGGCCUGGAUGAGAGCGCAUCCAUGCUGGCAAGGCGGCUUGCAGCCAUGGAUGAUGCCCUGCGCGCCAUCGGUGCAGCGUAG